GUCAGUACACGCGUCCCGACGCCCGGGAAUGCGUCCGUUAACGGAGGGGUAGUUUUGCCGCGCGAAUCUACGAUCGUGCGGGUGAUACUUCGCCGGAAAAACGUGCAAAAUUCGCGGGUCUAUUCGAAAAAGGGAAAAAGACAAAGUACACGGACGAAAGAGCGGAAAAAAGGGACAUAAGCGCGUAUAUGGCGCGCCGUGUCAUACUCUUGCCAGUAUAAUGCUACACUUUCUUUGCGAGAAUGAGGGUGGCACGGCUAUUAUUGUGCUGCGUACUUCUCGAAGACUACAGCACCAAUCUCGGCGGAACGGCAAUUACCAGUGACGCCAUGCGCCAAGACGGCUCCUCGUCCGCGACGAAUCCGACGCUAUCAGAUGUGCCGAGCUUCUCCGAGCCGAUCGGCAACGUGACCGCCGCUAUUGGCAAAGAGGUCGCCCUCUCCUGUACCAUCAGGAAAGUGGGAAAUUACAAGGUGGGAUGGCUACGUGCCGAAGAUCAGACGAUUCUAUCAAUGGGUGAUCGUAAGGUGAUCCAGUCGACUCGAUUCUUCGUUACUCUAGAGAACGCCAAGACGAAGAACCAGACACAGUCGCGGGAGGACGAGGAGGCCACUUGGCAGUUGCAUAUUCGGGGGCUAAAGGAGGCCGAUCGUGGCUGCUACAUGUGUCAACUCAACACCAAGCCUAUGUUGAGCCAGCUGGGAUGCGUGGAUGUCCUAGUGCCGCCUGACAUUUUGAGUUCCGGCACCUCGGACGGCGAGGUAUCCGUUCUCGAGGGUGAAAACGCCACUUUGUCGUGCAAGGCGUCCGGACGGCCGUCGCCUCGCGUAUUCUGGCGGCGUGAGAAAAGUGAUUUCAUACUUGUUAGGGGUGUUCACGAUCCGUUGACACAAGUGGACAACCUGUCCGGCGAGAGGCUAGAAUUAACCAGGGUAGACAGGAGGCAAAUGGGGGCUUAUCUUUGCAUAGCUAGAAACGAAGUGCCUCCGGCGGUCAGCAAGAGGGUUAAUCUAAAAGUAAAUUUCCCUCCUAGCGCUAAAGCACCCAAUCAACUGCUCAGUUCUCCCUUGGAUACAAACGUGUCGCUAAUCUGCUUAAUCGAGGCUUAUCCCAAGACGAUUAACUUGUGGAUGCGGAAGGAGCAAGUUAUCAUGAGCGGAGGCAGAUACGAAAUCGACGAGCAAGGCGACCCCGACGAGGAAUGGAAGACGACGAUCGUGUUGAAGAUAACACGCUUGGAGAAAACGGAUUUGGGUGAAUACACGUGUUCAGCCUCUUCAAGUAUGGGAAAAGCUGAGGCGACUCUCAGAGUGUACGAGAUCGAGCGCGCAACCGUGCCCAAUCGCAUCACCUCGACCAAUUCGAAGCGAUUGAACCGAGGCAAGUCAAAGUCCGGGCAAGGGACGAUGGUCAAUCGGGUUUUCCAUCAGCAGGUGAGCACGCCGGCGAUGCAGAAGAGCACCGCGCGAUUGAUUCACAACAAUAGAUACGCGACCUCGUCGACCACCGCGGAUCCGCGCGCUCCCUUAAUCAAGGACCAGGGUAAUGCCUUCAAGCAUAACAACCGCAACGAUAACCACCAGAAUCUCAAGGAUCGCAGCGACGCGUCCGCGAUCAUCGCCAGCAAGCGGGUCGUCUUGCCGCUCUGUCUCGUAUUGUUCACGAUAGCAAAGUGAAAUCCAAGCGGUGGCAAUGUGUUUUGCGCCUGUCGAGAUGAGACUAGUGCACUGCGACAAGCCUAGACUGCGGUAAUACCAGUGGAAAACGUCAAGGAAAUCUACGAACGACUCUUUGUCAUGGACAUGCAAGCAUCUAAUGUGUAUACUUCCAUCCCUGGAUUUCCUGAACAACUAGGAAUGGUAUGGAUGGGAGAUAUGAUGCUGGGGGAACCUGCUCACGAACUGAUGCUGGAUCCCCGUCAAAGCGAGAGCCCAUUUUUCUCACAUGGUUCACAUUCCUAUGAAGAUCUGAGAAAUCAUAUUGCUUCUACCACUAUGGUGCGCUACAUACCGCAACAGUUCUCAAACGAGUGUUCCGAACCUGAUGAAGCAAUGGAUACUGUUGAUACUCAUGAAAUACAGCAAGAUUAUGAUUUACAGUCCGAAAGACCCGAGAUAAAUGAUUAUUUAACAUUAGAAGAUUACAUGGGUGAUGAAGAACGGGAACAAAUUGUGAGCAAUGCGGCAACUCAGACUACUCAAGACAAUCGCAAUCGAAAAAUAAAACCUAUAAAGCAUCCAGGACUUGUUUUAAAAACGCCAAUUGCUUAUCAGCCUCAUACUGAUUUAAAUUUUAUUCCUAUUCGUAAAGAUGGCAUAGCUGUUUGUGAAAAAUGCGGUGCUAUUGGAGUAAAACAUGCCUUUUAUACAAAGGAGCGUAGAUUUUGCAGUAGAGCAUGUGCACGUUCUUCAGAAUACAUGAUACCUACUGCUGACUCUACAUAUAGUCCAUCUCAUUCGAUGGAUCAGCCAAUAUCUACAAAUCAAACUUCUUCUAUUGAAACAAAAUCGGUGGAUGUUGUUGUAAAAGAAGAAGUUAAGGAAGAUGUUAAGGAAUUCGUAGAAUCGGAAAAGGACAAAGUUAAAUUAGAGCCAGUAAUGCCAGAAGAUUUACCGGUCAGAAGAAAAAGAACAGCGGAAAUGGCAGGUUCCUACGACUGGACAUCACAGCUUGUUGAAUCUGGAUUUUGUGCCGCACCAGUCUCUUGUUUUAAACAUGCUCCUAUAUCAGAGAUUUGGGAUAAUAUCACAGUAGGUAUGAAAGUAGAGGUAGAAAAUACCGAUUGUGAUGAAGUAUGUGAAGCUUUCCCGGAUUCGUUUUGGGUUGCAACUGUAUUACGUAUAUGUGGAUACAGAGCUCUGUUAAGGUAUGAAGGUUUUGGACACAAUGCAGACAAAGAUUUUUGGGUGUCACUUUGUUCUAAUGACAUACAUCCCGUUGGUUGGUGUGCUACAAUUGGAAAACCUCUUAUUCCACCUAACACAAUUGCAAACAAAUAUAAAGAUUGGAAGGAUUUUUUAAUGAGGCGAUUAACCGGCGCGAGGACAUUACCAACAAAUUUCUAUAAUAAAGUGAACGAUAGUAUGAAAUCUCGGUUUCGAUGUGGUCUUCAUUUGGAAGUGGUCGAUAAAAACAGAAUCUCACAAGUGAAAGUGGCGACGAUACAAAAAAUUGUUGGUAAACGUUUGCACGUAAGGUAUUACGAUUCGCCUCCUGAGGAUAACGGAUUUUGGUGUCAUGAAGACUCGCCCCUCAUACACCCUGUUGGCUGGGCCAAGAAAGUGGGGCAGUCGCUAGAUGCGUAUCCUGAGUAUUUGAAUCGUAUUUCUAAAUCAAAAUUAUCCGAAGACGAUGCAACGGAAGAUCUUUUUCAUGUGCCAAAGAAUCAUCACAUUCUCGCAUACAAGUUUAAGGAAGGAAUGAAAAUAGAAGCCAUUGAUCCACUCAAUCUUUCGGCUAUAUGCGCGGCGACGGUUAUGCAAGUCCUAGAAAAGGAUUACAUUAUGAUUCGCAUUGACAGUUAUGAUGCAGAUGCUAGCGGCGCUGAUUGGUUUUGCUACCAUUCGUGUUCGCCAUGCAUUUUUCCAAUUGGCUUUUGUGCCCAACAUGGUCUACCUUUAACACCACCAAAGGGUUACGAUCCUACCACAUUCACAUGGGAUGCAUAUCUAGCAGAAACUAAUACCAUACCUGCUCCUAUGCAGUUAUUUAAUUGGGAAAUUCCUCAACAUGGGUUUAUUGAAGGAAUGAGAUUGGAGGCUGCUGAUUUAAUGGAUCCUAGAUUAGUUUGUGUUGCUACUAUUACUAGGGUGAUUGACAGAUUACUGCGAGUACAUUUUGAUGGUUGGGAAGAUGAAUAUGAUCAGUGGUUAGAUUGUCAAAGUCCAGAUAUUUAUCCUGUUGGGUGGUGUGACCUUGUCGAUCAUAAAUUGGAAGGGCCGCGUGUACUCGUAAAAAACAUUAGUCCUACUGUGAAAUCACCAAGAGGCCUUAAACGUAAAGCUAAGAGAAAAUUGAAGAAAAGUUGCAAGAUGACUUGCUCCAAAAAUAUACUACCUCGUCAGAGCGAACGUAUUAGUAUGUCUCGUGAACGUGGGCGAGAAUUAGAACCUGCUCAAGGAACGAAAAUUGAAAGAGAACGUGAUCUAGAAAGUUUACCGGAACAAAGAAGCAGAGAACCAGAAACAGCACAAGAGCCAGCUGGACCUGACCAAACUUUACCCAGUCCCACUACUGGACAAGGUCAAGCAUUGAACGAUACACCAAGUGAAGUAAACAGUUCUCCACCACCCAAGAAACCAGAAAGAACCGCUACGUCAUAUAUAAAUGUUACUUCAGCAAGUACUAAAUAUAUACCAAGGUUAGCAGAUGGUGUGCAAAAAGGUUCGGAAUCUGGUGAUCUAGUGCCAUCUGAGUGGAAUGUUUUUGAUGUUGCACAAUUUCUCCGAGUUAAUGACUGUGCGACGUAUUGCGAUAAUUUCAGUAAACGUAAAAUAGAUGGAAAGACUUUGCUGACUCUCACUAAGGACCAAAUAAUAGACCUGACAGGUUUCAAAGUUGGACCUUCUCUAAAAAUAUUUGAUUUAAUUCAGCAAUUAAAAAUCAAAGUGAAUCCAGCUCAGGAAAGGUUGAAACUAGGAUUGAAGAAAAUAUUAUAACAAAAUUAGUAUGUAGUUAGCACUAUAAAUAAGUUCCAUCAUUAUGCAAAUUAGACAUGGAUUUACAGGUAAGACAUGUGAGAUAAUUAAAGAGUACCUUCCAAUAAGAGAUACAGAUGACACGGUCUGACAUAAUUAUAUCCUUGUUGUUCGCCAAUAUUGAACAAGGAUAAUUAUUGUUAUACCGGAUCUCUUGUUGGAAGGCACCCAAAAUCAUUUCUAUUUCAAUACGAUUGUGUACGUAUUAUUUGUUACGUACUUUCCUAAUGUAUUGAAGGAGAAUGUUAAUAUAUAAUAUAUAAAUUCUUUAUAAUCCAAAACGCAUAAAAUUUAGAUGCUG